UUCUCUGGUAGAGAGGGGGCGUGGUUAGGGUUCUUGGGUUUCUCUGGUAGCGGCGGCAUUCGCUGUCAUGUUCGCGUGGACUUGAUCUCCCUCGCAGUUGAGUUUCUAAGCCCCAGUUCCAUCAGGCGCCAUUAGCUGGUCUUGCUGCCUGUUGUGCCCGUGUCAGUGGACGUACGAGUCUUCAUAACGAGCUGAGCUUUGCUGGACUGCGGUUUCUAGACCGGUGCGAGUUUGGAGAGUCUGAGGAUCUGGGUUCGACAUGGAUAUGCGGGAGGCAGCGCUGACGUGUCUCUUGGUGCUGGCGUUGGGCUGUGCUGCGAAACGGAGUGAAGACAAGUGUCCUCUGCCCGGGUGCAAUGUGGACCCCGCAACGCAACUGAGCUUCGAUGCCGUGAGCUCGAUCCACGCGCGCAUGGACGAUGAUGAGGACGGCACCAUUGACACGAGGGAGAGCGACGGCUUCCUGCGUGAGGACAUGGAGUACAGCGACCCGGCCACACAACACCGUCGCUUCCACGGCGGAGACCAGACAAUCACGCUUAAAGAGAUGUGGGCAGCCUGGCUUGCAUCUGAUGUUUACAAUUGGACAGUGCAGGAUGUGGCACUGUGGCUGGAGACCAUGGUGGAGCUGCCCCAGUACUUGGAAAACUUCCUCGAGAACAACAUCGACGGGCCUAGUCUCCCCAGGUUGGCCAUCACCAACCACACAUUCAUGACCACCAUUCUGAAAAUCCCGGAGAGGAGCCACCGACACAAACUGCAGCUCAAGGCCCUGGAUGUGGUGCUGUUCGGGGCACCACUGUCGGCCCAGCGGAGCCGCGUGAAGGAUGUGGCUUUGGCUGUAGCGGUGGUGGCAGCUGUGACGGGCUGCUGGCUGGCACUGGUGCAGCGUCGUCGUGCGCUGGAGCACGUUGCUCGCGUUACUAGCGAGCUUGACAGCCUUCAAAAGGCAGAACAGAGUCUGCUCGACAUGCAGGCCAGGCUUCUGAAGGCCCAGGAGGAGCAGCGCCAGGCAGAGGAGGAAAAGCAGAACCUGGAGAUGCGGCUGCAUCAGGAAGCGACCAAGCGAGCACAAGAGUGCUCGGCCCAGCCCGCGGAUGAGCACGAGUUGAGGGGGCAGGGCGAGUGGUCGUUGGGCGAGUGGGCGGUGGACGAGCGGGCGGUAGGCGAGUGGGUGGCGGGUGAGCGGGUGGAGUAUGAGCCGAGCGUGCUGCAGGCGUGGCUGCAGCUCACGCAUGAGAUGGAGGUUGUGCACCAUGCGACGGCUCGCUCUCAUGCUGAACGCCAGCUCUCAGUCGCCCGUGACAUGGCCGAGAAGGUACAGCGAAAGCGCAGCUCAGUGCUGGGCGCAUUCUACAUUGCUCACAGCGCCUCCCUCGACGAGGUCGAUCACAAGAUCCUCACUGCUAAGCAGGCGCUGUAUGACGUGACCAACAGCCUGCGUGAGCGGCUCCAUCGCUGGCAGGAAAUAGAGAGAGUGUGCGGCUUCAGUAUUGUCCAGAACCCAGGCCUCAACGCCCUGCAGGUCCGCCUGAUAGAGGGGCGCCAGGGAGACGACGAAAUCCCAGCCUCGGCCUCCAUGCCUGUCUUAUCCUCGCGCCCAUCCUCGUCUUCCUUGUCUCUCCCAUCAUCCCAGUCGGCUAAUCAACUCCCCUCCAAGAGUCACGUGACCCGCUCGGUGGCCAAUGAUAUGGCUCCUGCGGCACUGCGAGCACGUUUUGCCCACCUGCCGCAAUCCGAUUGGUCAAGGACCGUGUCACAUGACCCUCUCCCUUUGGCGGGGCAUCUCCACAAGCCCAAAGUGGCUUUCACUGCAGGCUACGUGCGGCAGGGAACCAGCAUGGAGUCACUGGGCUCCAUAUCAUCUGCCCCCCUAGGCUGCAUCUCCCAAUCACCGACAGGACAGGUCCCAUCGGGUCCUGGCCACAGUCCUUCGGGCCCCGAAGACUCGAGUGAGAGCGACACCAGUGGCGGUGGUACCAGUGGAAGUCUGAGAAGGGGAGGGGCGAACAGUCCAGGCAGCCAUGCGAUGAGGUCUUCGCCCACUGCGGCUGCGGUUGCUGCUGGAGCUCCGGUCACCAAGAAGAGCCGUGCCUCAAAAAUCACGCGCAUCUUCAAGAAGGCGAGCAUCUGAGGCCUCUGUGCCAUCGCACGUAAAUAAAUGCAAAUGUAGUGUUGCUUGUUUAGGGCCUCAUUCACUUGUUGAAAGGUAUCAUUUUAAUGUUGUCACUGAUAUUUUUUGGUGGAAACUGCAUUUCUAUCAGCCUAUGCAUUUAUUUCUUAAUUUACAGAUUUGAACACGAUUGAUGACAAUGCUGUCACAAACCGGCAUCUAGGCUGACAAAUGAAUAACAAAUGAAUAGAUUUUAUACAAAUAAAACGUAUUUCAUUGACAAAGUUUACUAAGAAAGGCUGAAGCCCAGUGUACACAGGACUGGCACAGGGUAACAACAGUGAAAACUCAACUAUGCAUUUCCCUCCGGCUGUAUCACUGGUGUGUGUUGCUCUGUCAUCACUGGCACUAUAACUCGAUCAUCUGGGAUAUUGAGGGGAGAGGGGUUCCCUGGAUAAAACAAAAAGACAGAUAAUGGAAAAUAUAUUUAAAUUAGGCCAUAACAACAUAUUUAUUGUUUAUCAGCUUGUAAUGAGAAUGAAGGCGUCAAAAGCGUAGUGUGUUUGUUGCUUACUAAAGCAAUCGAUUUGCAUGCCAACGUGUUUUUGGUCACGUGGACACUGAGUCGCUGACUCUCAAUAAGUGAGCAACUGCUCACAAACCAACAAGUGCAUAUAAAGAUAUUUUAUUUCUUUUUUUGCAAGCACGGCUAGUCCGCAACCAAGAUAGAUGGCCCAUGGACAAUGGAGUGUUCACUGUAUUUGAGCAACCAAGUAGUCGUGAAAGAAUGGCUUGGUGAAGACCGGCCAGUCGGUGACAAGUGUGACCUGAGGUAGGCUCAGUGCAGUACCCCAGUCAGCACAAGAACUACUUCAUCACUAAAUUUUGAUUUAAAGCUUUCGUGACUGCAGUAAUUCAUAUUCUUAGUUCUUUCGGUAAAGUCACGUUGAAGGAAAACAAUAAAAUCAUAAAAUAUAUAUAAAACUAAGAAUAUACUUCAUCACUGUUGUAACAUUUAUGUUUGUCGCCAAUUAUGGUUCAUCAUAACAGUCACUGUUAUUGCCAUGUUGCUGGUUAUUUACUGAAUGUAUGCACUAUAAUAUCUAUGUUAGGCAUGUAAUAAUGCAUUGAUUUAUUGAUAUUGAUUCUUAUGAUCGUGGUCAUAGAAUUGUGUAUCAAAGAAUCGAUCUUUUUUUUUAUCCUGUAUGUUGUCUGUGGAAGCGGAGCCGUUAAGAGCACUAUGCCAUCAACCCAGUAACUAGAGUUACAUUUCUGGCCAUAGCUGCCUUCAGUGGUGAGUGAUAUCUGAACUGGUCCUGUGCCCCCCACCCUUAAUCAACCCCCAGUGACUAGUGUGGUGAUUAAUAGCGAAAUUUGCCCUAUAAUUGAAACGGGGUGUUACGGCCUUAGGCACUGGAUUGAGAAAGGGCUGAUAUUGCAUGUUAUAUGUAAUUUAUUCAAAUAAACCUUGCAACCACCCUCGAUCCCACAUGGACUGCAGGCAGUGGCAAAAAAAAUAUCGAUUCUUAAAUCAUUUGGCAACGUAAUAUUUACCUGUAAGCUCAUGAUAUGUAUGUGCAAAUGCUUCUUCACCUUCUGAAAUAACCCGAGUCUACAUGUCUCAAUUAAUUUGGUUUAAUGGUUUAUUUCACAUGUGAAUAAAAAGCAUGAAACUUGAGUUGAGAAACACAUAAGGCCAUUAUAACCUCAAUUGUUGCAAUUGAGUCAAAGCAUGGAUUAACUUUUAUACUUAAUUAUUUGCUGAUUAAGAGACAAUGUCUUUAAAAAAAUCUCACGCAGUUUAUAGUUGACAAUUACAGUAGGCUCCUACUACCGUGGACUUCUUGUUUGCAUGAGUACAGUGACUGAAAGUGUUAUAAAAAAAAAUAAGAUGAACGUUAUAGCAGUGCAUUGUCAUCGAAACAUACCAUGUUUCACUCCAGUGCCAUUGGGAGUCCGAGGAGUUAUCGCAGAAUGUAUGCUUUUUGUUUCUAUUUUUUGUUACUUAAUGACUGUGUCAGGACCCGGCCACUUUGAGCCUCUUCAGAGAUUAAUACUUUUAAGUGCCUUUUUUUCGUGUUUUGUUUUGUAACAUUACAUGCUGUGCAUCACAUUGCCACCGGUUAGUAGCGGUUGAGCUGGUACAUUGCUUCUUUAAAACCGCUGAAUAGCUUUUUUCCAAUGAGAAAUGUGUGAGCUCCAGCCAUUGGGGGUUCCCAUUAAAUAUGAAUUGCUUUACUUUGCUUUCGCUUUAAGUCAAAGUGCCUUAAUAUUUAUAAGCCAAAGAAUUAAACGCAUGUUUAAAAAGAGCAAUGAUUGUAGCAUGCGUUAUGAAAUUCAUGGUAUAAAUCUAGACCUGUAGGCAUGUAACAAUACAUCAGUUAAUCAAUUAAUGUAAAUUAUUUCGGUAAAGUCACGUAGGUAUAUAAAAAAAAUAAUCACGACGUUUCGGGCGCAACACAAGCGUCCGUCUUAUACUUACUACGUGACUUUACCGAAAGAACCCAAGAGUAUGGAUCCCUGCAGUCACGAAAACUUCAAAUCUAGAUUGUAAAUUCUCAUAAUGUAUAAGCAUCAACUCGCGAGUAUACGAAUACUUUUCUGCAAUUGGUAAUGUAUUUCAUGUCAAUUCUGCAGCCGUUAAGAGACUAUCGUUAAUUGUGAUGUUUAAACAAGAACCAUUUAUUCAAGUAAAUCAUGACCCUCAAUUGUGACAACUUGUCUAUUCGCCAGUAGUUUAUGGAAGUGAAUCAUUCCACUCCUGCUAGGACUGCUUACUUGUUUGGGGCACCACGGUGGUGAGAUAACUCCCCCUCACCUGGUUUGUAGGAGGGCGUGGGUUCGAUCCCGACCCUGACACCUGUAUAUUUGGAAUUUGCAUGUUCUCCCCGUGGUGGCAUGAAUUUUUCUCCAAGUCCUCCGUUUAUUCCCUCCAGAUUUAGAAACAUGCGUUUAGAGUAUUUUGCUGCUAGAAAUUUUGACAUGAUAAGCCGUUUCGUUGAGCUAUCAUUUGUGGCCAGGUCGCUUCUGAAAAAUAGCUAUAUAGCUCAUUGGGCUUUACCUGGUAAAAUAAAAAGUUUAAUAGUUAUAUAAAAAAAAUGUUUACUUCAGGUUAUAUAUAGUAGUUUGAAUUUUAAUGAUUUAUAAUUUUGGGGGAGCUUUGUCUGUAGUAAGUUAAAACGUCAUUCCCGAAGGACAAUCUGCACUAUCCAACCUAGAGUUCACGCUUUUGGUAAGAGAACUGUCGGUUGGUGAAUAUAUGGGUGAGAAGAUAGGGCAGAGAAAAACAGAUUUUUGGGAACACUCUGCAAUAAUAUAUUCCAUCUCCUCCAGAGGGGGUGUUUCUCACCUAUGUAUUGCCAUGUGGACCCACGGGAGAGCAUUCCUGUAUUUAUGCAAGUGUCGGUACACCUUUAUUUAAACAAUCAGGACAUUCCAUUAUUCAACCAGUGAGUGCAUUCCUUUAUUUAACAGUGGUAAAAACAUUCCUUUAACCAGGGGAGAAUGUUUUAAUUAUGAAAGUGGUUGAAUGCUUUCCAUGGGGGUUUGCAAAGGGUUGGGGCUUGCCCCAUGACUGCUGUCUGGUAGCCCUUCACCUCACUGUGAAUCUGAUGUGCGUUAUUUUGCCUUGAUUCGAUGUGUAGUAUAUUGUCUUGGUCUGCACAUGUUUUCCCAGCUGAUGGGGAUUGUUAUUAUCAGGAGAUGGCGUCCAUUGCUUCGCAUACUUGGUAUGGUUUUUUUUUGCAGAGUGUAGACGUGCUUGAGCUGUUGACGGGGUUGGCACUGGUGCUGAGACAUGUUUGUGAACACUCACACUUGUACACUCACACGCAAUAACACUAAUUAUCACCGUCACAUAUGCCAAAGCUCCAAUAUACUACCAAGACGCACACCAUCACUCGCACUCAAAUACACCAACACACUAACAUUCACCACCACUCGCACAACAACACAUACAUGAACACUUACGUACUUUAGCUUUCAGCCGUAUAUUUUGAAUAUACCGUAAUUCACAUACACCAACACUAAUCAACACAUACAGCAACGUUCACUUUAACUAACAUACAACACUGACGAACACAUACACCAUCACUCGCAUGCACCAACACUCAACCACACAAGCCCCACAUGGCAACAGCCAACUCUCACAAGUUCUACACUUACACUUCGACACCAACAGUCUUAACGUACACACGUAAGAACCAACAGUCACUGAAAUAAAGUUGCCAACACUGUCACUCACAACCACUUAGUCACCAAUGAAUAUACAUUUACCAAUGCGUACUGUUGCCCAUCAAUACAAUAUCACCAACAUAAACACACACUUGCCUACAUACCAACACAUACUCGCAUGCGCCAAUUAUACACAUUCGCCCUCUUACUCUUAGGCUGGAUUCGCACUGGAUUUUAGACGUGCGUUUAGUGGAUGUCACAUGCUUUGUGUAAAUCCAUUCAACCAUCCACAAACUUCUUAACCUUAGGGUUACUUGGUGUCACGUAGUGUGUGUUUAUAGUUUGGGCCGAUAUUUGGCCCACAUUAUUAACAUUUAGCCCACAUUGUUAACAUUUAGACACUCUCAUCAAAAUAUUAAAAACAUAUUUCCUUUUUGAUUGUGUUUCAUUAUCCUUAGAAAGUAAUAUACAAUAGCUAAUGAUUUAAAGCUGGUUUAUUCACCAAUUAAGUUGAAUACCCAUUAGAAAUACCUCUUUCUCACCCAAUACACUUAAUAACAUUGACACCAGGGUUCUGACUGAUUUUUUUGUCCUUGAAAGCAGGUCUGCUGCAGUUAUAGAGCAGCCAUGGAAAUGCCCUCACUUCUGCUAUUAACAUCUCGUUGAAUUCCACUCAGUGUCCUUUAUGUUAAGCUGUUUGUCACUCCCCAACCCUGAUUGGGUACAGUUCCACUCGAUGAACAAUAUAGAGUUCUACUCUUGUAUAUUAGAAUGCAUUAACGUUACAGCCCAUAAUUAAUGUCGCCUCUUUUAAAUUCUUUAGAACUGCUUGUUGUGUUUAGUUUGUUGUCCUUCCCCUGCACCUCUAAUUAUCACGGUUAGCUAAGUACGAUGGGAAAUAAGUUCAAUAUACAUAAUAGCUAUUCGGUUUUGUGUGUGCGUUAAGCGAUCCUGUGUAAACUCAGUUACACUCCCAACACCCCUCACUAACACACACGCUUGUCGCCACAAAUUGACACUUGCGCAGUUGUGCUUUCAUCACUUGUGCUGGUGGAACCUCAAUGUUGGUGAUGCCUUCUGUGUGCCUGCUUCUGUGCCCAUUGUCUGUUGAAUUAAAUAUCGUGCUUUAUGCCA